ACCUAAUUACGAUAUCGUUUUGUCGCAAUAUCAUUUUCUUCUUCCAACGCCAAAUGCACAUACCCUUUUGCGCCUUAUACUGUCCAAUCUCUCGAGUCUCGAGUCUCAACUCUCAACAACACACAAAUGGGUGCAGGGCGUGAAGUGAUCAUCUCAUUGGACAAUGUAAGAGACAAGAACAUGAUGCAACUGAGGAAGAUCAACACUGCACUCUUCCCUAUUCGUUACAAUCAUAAAUACUACUCCGAUGCCCUUGCCUCUGGUGAUUUCACUAAGCUAGCAUAUUAUAGUGACAUUUGUGUAGGCUCAGUUGCAUGUCGACUUGAGAAGAAGGAAGGUGGAGCUGUUCGUAUUUACAUAAUGACUUUGGGUGUUUUAGCUCCAUAUCGUGGUCUAGGAAUUGGUACAAAGCUGUUAAAUCACGUGCUUGAUCUUUGUACAAAGCAGAAUAUCAAAGAGAUUUACUUGCAUGUACAGACAAGUAAUGAAGAUGCCAUCAACUUCUACAAGAAAUUUGGUUUUGAGGUUACCAAUACAGUCCAAAACUAUUACACAAACAUUACUCCACCAGACUGUUAUGUCCUAACCAAGUUUAUCUCUCAAACAAAGAAAUAAUGCGUGGGAGCUGCUCGUUGAGCCUUGGCACAGUUUGAGGUUCUGAACCUUCUGGUUCUACUUUUUGUUGGACUGCCUCUCUUUUUUGUAUCAUCUUAAUGUGCAACAAGUGGUUUAGUUGUUAAAGAUAUAAGUGACAGUUCAUUUAAGGCAGAAUUUAGUUAUUGUUUGAGUCAUGAUUGACCCCUUUAAUGGUAUGUGUAUCUCCGCACAAAGCUUCAUAGAUAUAUCAUGCAAACAGAAGCAGUCGGUUUUUUUCUU